GCCGCGGGGGAUUCUGGGCCAAGAUGGCAGCAAUGAGGAAGGCGCUUCCGCGGCGACUGGUGGGCUUGGCGUCCCUCCGGGCUGUAAGUGCCCCGAGCCGCCGAGGCGGCGGCCCUGCAGGCACUCUGACUGUCAGGGUCGGGGGCUUGGCCCGUGGUGGCUGCUCUCUUAGAGGCGAGGCCGGACAGCUCUCAGGCCAGAGUCGGGAGGGCGUUGGAGUCCUGGACCCUCCCUUUUCCCCUCAAAUCCUUUGAAGGGGAUGGGAAAACUGAGGUCCGGAGAGGUGGAGUGACUUGUCUGGGUCAUGGAGACCUGGGACGCCAUCCUAGGCGCCCUGAUUCCCCGCCCAGGGCCCUUUCCGAUGACCCUGGCCCCUUUCUCCCUCUAAUUGAACUUCAGACCUCUCCAACUCUUCAUUAGUGAAAAUCAAGAACACCCUUCCAUUUCCUUCGUCUCCGUUUCCAACUCUUGUUGCUUUUAGAGAUGCUUGGGGAACUAUCCCAUCCUACCGAGCGGGACUUGCGUUGAUUGGAGCCAAGCUGUGAUUCCCUUGGAAUUGCACUUUGAUCCUGUUCGAUCCUGAUGUUUUCCCCUCUCCCAUUCUCAGCGCAGAAAAAGUGUGGGAGACGUAGCUGUAUGGAGCAGAAAAAAUAAAAGCUGAAGCUAGGGUGUCCCAAUAGUUCUGCCACUUUCUAGACUUAAUGACAUAGUUAUUUACUUUCUCUAAACCUCAGCUCUUUCGUCUGUAAAACGGACAACAUUCCCUUGGGGUUGUUUUGGAAAUUAGAGAAAAUGUCAGCACCUCAUCUAUGGGCACUUUACCAAAGCGGGUGAAAAUUGUGGAAGUUGGUCCCCGAGAUGGACUACAAAAUGAAAAGAAUAUCGUAUCUACUCCAGUGAAAAUCAAGCUGGUAGACAUGCUUUCUGAAGCAGGACUCUCUGUUAUAGAAACCACCAGCUUUGUGUCUCCUAAGUGGGUUCCCCAGAUGGGUGACCACACUGAAGUCUUGAAGGGCAUUCAGAAGUUUCCUGGCAUCAACUACCCAGUCCUGACCCCAAAUUUGAAAGGCUUCGAGGCAGCGGUUGCUGCUGGAGCCAAGGAAGUAGUCAUCUUUGGAGCUGCCUCAGAGCUCUUCACCAAGAAGAACAUCAAUUGUUCCAUAGAGGAGAGUUUUCAGAGGUUUGACGCAAUCCUGAAGGCAGCACAGUCAGCCAAUAUUUCUGUGCGGGGGUACGUCUCCUGUGCUCUUGGCUGCCCUUAUGAAGGGAAGAUCUCCCCAGCUAAAGUAGCUGAGGUCACCAAGAAGUUCUACUCAAUGGGCUGCUACGAGAUCUCCCUGGGGGACACCAUUGGUGUGGGCACCCCAGGGAUCAUGAAAGACAUGCUGUCUGCUGUCAUGCAGGAAGUGCCUCUGGCUGCCCUGGCUGUCCACUGCCAUGACACCUAUGGCCAAGCCCUGGCCAACACCUUGAUGGCCCUGCAGAUGGGAGUGAGUGUCGUGGACUCUUCUGUGGCAGGACUUGGAGGCUGUCCCUACGCACAGGGGGCAUCAGGAAACUUGGCCACGGAAGACCUGGUCUACAUGCUAGAGGGCUUGGGCAUUCACACGGGUGUGAAUCUCCAGAAGCUUCUGGAAGCUGGAAACUUUAUCUGUCAAGCCCUGAACAGAAAAACUAGCUCCAAAGUGGCUCAGGCUACCUGUAAACUCUGAGCCCCUUGCCCACCUGAAGCCCUGGGGAUGAUGUGGAAAUAGGGGCACACACAGAUGAUUCAUGGAUGGGGACAUGGAAAUGAGAAUAGGUUAAAUGGUGCAGGUACCUCAUAGCCAGGUCUACACAGAGGUCUCUCCUGGCAGAAAGCAGGCGAAGGGCAGGAGGAGCUGCUUGGCAGAAGGACCUCCUGCCCAGACCUGAGUAGGAGUGAGAGGCUUUGAGGGCUGAAGUCUCCCUUUGUUACGGACCCUGGCCCAGGAGUUGAAUGCCUGAAGACUUGUGGGAACCCUAUUCCCUACUUAGCAUGAUCCUUGAGUCUCCUCUCUGGAUGGAAUCCGCGAGCUGGCCACCUGGCCACCCUCUACACGGCUCCACCCUGCCAUGGCCUUGGGGCCCUUGCUCUCUGACUUCUCAGGACACAGGUCAUGGAGGUUCUUCCCAAGCUGGCAGAGGCCAUUUGUGGAAAGUGGAGAGCUUCGUGGUGGCCAUCUGCCAACUCCAGCAUCUCUGGAAAAUCUCCACGCUGAAUGUGAUUUUUGAAAACAGCUUAUGUAAUUAAAGGUUGAAUGGCACAUCAUAA